AUGAACCCCUCUCAAAACAUUUCAAAAUGGAAACUACCACUAUACCACCCAUUCGUCAAACAAACCCUCCCCUGAGACAUCUCUUAGACCCAUAUACGACCUCUCACCCACUUCGCUCACCUUCACCGUUACCCCCAAGUUCUAGAGUAAAUCCUAAAUUGAAACAACGAUUACCACCCAAAACUUCCAGUUCACCUUUGUUAUGGACCAUACCCACUUGGAUCGCCUUCGCUAGGUUUGCCACUGCUAAGGGUAUUUAUAUACUUUGGAGUUUGGUAAAACAUGCUUUGUUUGGACCUAUGAGGAAAAGUUGGGGGUAUAGGAUGACUUUUAUAACAUCAUUCAUGCGAAACGUAGCGGAUCACACUUCUCUAGCCGAUAUCGUCCUAAUCCGUCGUUUAAUCUCCCUUCAUGCUCUCCUCCCUCUCCCUUCAGACGCAGUAGUCACACCUAUCACCUUCCUCGUUCCCCGACAUCUAGGCGAUCAAGUGGCUCGAGGUUUCCUUCGAGAGUUGGAUCUGAACGAAACGGGUCAUAGGGAAUUAUCAGGGGAAUGGGUAGUAGGAACGGAAGUAUGGCAAAGGUUAAAAGCUGAAAGAAGAGCUAGAAGUUCUUUCAGAAAUCGGGUAACGUCUAAUCCCACAAUUAAGGAUGAUAGGGGAAGGGAAGGAAGGGAAGGACGAGGAGAAGUUAGAGAUGAUCCUAAUGUGGAUUCUGAACUUGAACCUAACAAAUAUGGUGAAAGGGUGAUUUAUUUCUUACAUGGUGGUGCGUAUUAUGUUGGGUCGGCGACUUCACAUAGGGUUUUGACCAUUGGAGUUAGUAAGGCUUGUAAUGCUAGGGUGUUUGCAUUAACAUAUCGACUCGCACCCGAACAUGUAUUCCCUCUUCCUCUCCACGACGUCUUACACGGUUAUCUAAGACUUCUCUCUCCACCACUCAACAUCCCACCUGAAAAUAUCAUCAUAGCAGGUGAUUCAGCCGGUGGUGGUUUAACUCUCGCAUUAUGUAUGUAUCUCCGAGACGAAGGAUACAAAUUACCAGCCGGAAUAGUUUUAAUGUCACCUUGGGUAGAUCUUACAAUGAGUUGUGGAAGUUGGGAUGAAAAUUCAAAUUUAGAUGUUGUUCCAAGACCAGAAGCGGAUGAUCAUUUAAAUCCAGUAGGUUGUUAUUUAGGUCCAAAAGGGUUGAAAAAAUAUUUAACACAUCCAUACGCUUCACCUUUAUUCGGAGAUUUUCAUAAUCUACCACCAAUGUUAAUACAAUCAGGUGAUUCUGAAGUUUUAAGGGAUGAAAUCACUUUAUUAGCACAUAAAGCUAGUUUAUCAGGAGUCGAAGUGACACAUGAAUUAUAUCAAGAUAUGAUUCACGUUUUUCAAAUGUUUAGGUUUUUACCUUCUUCAAAAUCCGCUUUGAAUUCUAUUGGUAAUUGGGUACAAAUCACUUUACCCAAGAUACAAAAACGUCAUUCGAAAGUCAUACCUGGUUCUGGGGAAGGUAUAGAAAGAGAAGUUAGAUUAGGUGAAAGGGAAGUUGAUGAAAUUGGUGAAGAUAUGAAUAUACAUUUGGGUCAAACGGAAGUUAUGAUGGAUGAAUUGGAAAGACAAGAAGAUUUGGAAAGUUGGAGAAGAAGUGAAUUUGAUCAAGAUCCACCUCCUUAUUCUCCAACUCGAGUGCAAACACAACCUUCUCAAAUUUCACAAUCUCAAUCUCAACCUUCACUCAUAGCUCCAUCUCGAACAACGAACGUUCCUUCGAAUUCUGCUGUAAAUCAACCGACAACACAAGAAACUUAUGCAAGAGGUAGACGACCAAGUGUCGGAUUAGGAUUGAACGUUUCUUCUUCUCUACCUGAACAAAUAAAUAUCGACGAAGAUGAAGAUGAUAGUUCAGGUUCCCCAACUCCUACUCGAUCACGUACACCGACCAUCGAAUUCCCUUCUGUCCCACCACCUCACACACCCGAAAUUAACAUACCUAAACUUCGUCGUUCUUUGACGGAAUAUGAAUCAUCUUUAGGUAUCUCAUCUGAAAUACGUCAUCGUUCACAUGGAUCUUCUACUUCUUUACAUAUUUCACCUAUUCAAGUAUCUUCAAUAAGACACCAUGAUCCAUCCCUCACAUCCGUCAAUCCAUCCAUCUCUUCCGCUCACCCAUCCUCCUCAUCCACCCAUCCACCUCAUACUUCCGCUCAAUCUUCAUCUCAUCGUAUUCCCAAACAACAAAGAUCCGGUCCUACAUCACCUACGUCAAGUAUCAAACGACUUCGAAGUCCAACUAUAAACCUAGGCAUUUUCGGAAGACGAACAUCAAUAAGUUCACCAACACCAAGUGUAAGACGACUUAGAAGUCCUACGGUAUCAGGAAGUAGAGAAGGUAGGAAAGAACAACCUACUACAAGAGAAAGAAGUAUGAGUCAUUCUGAUAUUUUUAACCUUGUUGAAGGUUAUCAAGAAAGUGGUGCGGCAAAUGAAACUGUCGUUUAUGCUCCUGGUGGUGAAGUUAAAAGUGUUGGUGUUUUAGGGGAAGAUUGAAGAAUAAUUAUUCUUUACUGGUGGAUAUACUGUAUCAUUAAUCUUUGUCAUUUUACUUCGGAGUAUAUGAGUUGUGAAUGUCAUCCGAAUUCCUGGUGUUGAGACGUCGUCCUUUGGAUAUCAGGCGUUUGGAAUGUUGGAAGGGGUGUUUGUUGGUGUUAGCGAUAUUUGGGGAGAAGGGGUAGUUGUUGGUUGUUGGUUGUGAAGAUCGACAAGGGAGGGGAGUAUGUUGAUGAUGAGGUAUUGUGUGGGAGAUAGGUCAGAAAGAAGACUCCACAAUUGUAUUCAGUAGGUUGUAAUCUAUGCAUUCAUCUGCUUUAUC